CGCGCUCUGCGCAUGCGCCCCGGCACCUGAACGGCGGUGAUGGUCACGACCAUGUCGGCGCGGGGCGGCGUCAUGUCGCUGGUGCUGCUCUGCCUUUUCGCGUCACCGCUGGCCCCCGGCGCCGCGGGCUCGGAGGGGGCCGGGACUGUGGAGUCGCCGGGCGGCGCGGGCCCCGGGGAGCGGUUUAAGAUCGAGGGCCGGGCCGUAGUGCCCGGGGUGAAGCCCCAGGACUGGAUCGCGGGGGCUCGGGUGCUCGUGGACGGGGAGGAGCACAUCGGUUUUCUGAAGACAGAUGGAAGCUUUGUGGUUCAUGAUGUACCUUCAGGAUCUUAUGUAGUAGAAGUUAUAUCUCCUGCUCAUAAAUUUGAGCCUGUUCGAGUCGACAUAACUUCAAAAGGCAAAAUGAGAGCAAGAUAUGUGAAUUACAUCAAAACCUCAGAAGUCGUCAGGCUGCCAUACCCACUCCAGAUGAAAUCUUCUGGACCUCCUUCAUACUUCAUAAAGAGAGAAUCUUGGGGAUGGACGGAUUUCCUCAUGAACCCCAUGGUUGUGAUGAUGGUUCUUCCAUUACUGAUAUUUGUGCUUUUGCCUAAAGUUGUCAACACCAGUGAUCCUGAUAUGAGACGGGAAAUGGAGCAGUCAAUGAACAUGCUGAAUUCGAACCAUGAGCUGCCAGAUGUCUCUGAAUUCAUGACAAGACUGUUUUCUUCAAAGUCUUCCAGCAAGUCUGGUGGUAGUAGCAGUAAAGCAGGGAAAAGUAGUUCUGGAAAAAGGAGGUAGUUAUGUCCUCCUCCAGGCCUGAGUUUGCACAACUGUUUGUUAUGUGGUAUCAUGUUUGUCUUGAAAUAUCAAAAAGCCACUACUGCAACCUUUUAUUUGGCACAAAGUACGGUAUGCUACAACUGUGGUGUGUAGCUUUAUUUUUAAGGUAUGUAAGCUGCUUUGUACUUGACAGUAAGCAGAAGAGGACAUGGCUUCUGUAUGGUAUCUGUAUAAAGUUAUUGAAUUAAUGCUCUGUAGUGAAUGUUAUAAAUUAUAUGACGUGUUAAACAGUAA